AGUGGAACGAAACGAAAGUUGUUGAUUGUUGUGCUGUUGUUCAGUUCGUCUGAGGCUGCUAGUAUCAGGAAUUGCUAUUUGUUUUUAGUGCAAUUACAGCAUUGGAAGAUACAACGGACACCGGUGUUCGCGCCUUACCGUAAUGUCAAAACAGUGGGACUCAUUCUAAUUUGCGCUUUAUGUGUGACGCUAGCACAAUUCGGUGACCCAAACAUGGCUGCCCUGCGCCGGGCCUGCGGAAGCGGCCUGCUCGUCUUGUAUGCCAAAGCCAGACACCCAGCUGCAUGGAUUCUCGUUACGGGUCGGCCAACCCAAACCAGCAUUUGGGUUUCGUCUUCGUCCCUCGGAUGUCGGGCCGCGACAGGCUCUCAGCCCAAUGUUGACAUGGCAGAUCAUCUCCACGAGGUCCCUGAAGCAGCCAUAGUCCAGCUGUGAACGUCAGCCAUGUACCGCCAGCGUGACUUCAAUCCGCGCACCCAGCGCCCGGCACCUUCGUAAACGCAAAAGCGCUAGUUUCGGGGACGCUACGUGCUUCAGUGCUGUCUGCGAGACUUUGUCGUGGUUGAACUGGGGACGUGGUAUCGUGGUUGACGUAAGAAGGACCUGACUUGGUGAGGGAUUUGGAUCGUGACACAAACUGAAUCGGUUUUGGACAACCGUUUAUCAGUGGAUGGUCAUUGCUAUUGACCCUGUAUUUGUAUUUUAACUGUGGCGUAUUUAUGGCUAAGUGACAGCUAAAUUUUGACGUACGUUGGUGUACCUUAAGCUAAAAACGGAUUAAGUUAAGUGCAGUAAGCUGGACCUGAUAUAACUCAACCGCGCACUGCGCUCGCGAGAAUCCUUUUGUGUGUGCCCUGCCAGUACCUGUCUAGCGGCUAGUGUUAGCUUGCCUCCAGAUCAAAGCAAGGCCAGUGCAAGCCAGUACUAAGCCUGGCCGAGAAGUUCAGUGCUUAAACUGCUUGGCCAAGACCUGGUCAGUACCUGAAAGAGCUCAGGGCUCUGUCGAUGUCCCGCGGUUGUGGGCGUCUUGCUAAGUGCUCAAGACGAAGUGCUUAAUUAGGAGUUAGGAGAUCCUGAAUAGCAAGCUACCGCGACUCACCUAUCAUCUGAUUUCGUUGUGAAAAAGCUGUGACGGGUUGAUGUUGGCAAAGUGACGGUGGCCGCGGCCGCCCUGUGACGACCUUCGUUACGGCUUCCGUGACGAAGCCGGCUAUAGACGCUCUGCGUUGGAACUGGGGGCAUUGUGGACAGAAUAGUGGUGGGCCCCAUAAGCGUAAGACCGAAACCUUCUCACUGAGAAGGUAACUGAAAGUUCUCAUCUACGAGGACACGAGAAGGAGGCGGAAACUUCUCGGAAGCGCGGAGAGGCUUCUUCAGGAAGCUACUCGAGAGUCGAAGAGGAGGACAGGACCUUGCAGAAGCGAAGACGCUUUCCCGAGGACGAAUAAUCUACGAGAUCACACACAGUGAGCCGACCGAUACAUCAAAGGUUUGGAGCAAUGGGACAUCAAGAGUCGCCCUUCUCACCGUUCGCCGAGGCACCUCCGUCUAGGAAGGAAACAUCCAAAAAGUCUGGCACUCAAUACAGCCGCGACAGUGUACCAGUGACCGGCGCCAAACGGGUGUACGGAGUGCCUCUGGAACAGCUGGUCAUCGCCGGACACUCGGGAGUGCCCCGAGUGGUCGCCCGACUCUGCCACUUCAUAGAGAGACAUGGAAUGCAGACGGAUGGGCUAUUCAGGACGCCGGGAAAUCAGCGUUCGAUUGCCAAAAUCCGAGCGGAUUUUGACAUGUAUGGAGACAGCAACCUGGAAAGAUAUAAGGACGUGGCGGCGGCGGCCGGAUGUCUGAAGAUGUUCCUCCGCGAACUGCCGGAGGCGGUCGUUCCAACUCGCUUCACUGAGGACUUCGUGGCUGCCUUACGCGAGGAGGGGAGCCCGCCCCGGCGCUGUGAGCUGCUCUCUGCGCUGGUGCACUCUCUCCCGCCGGCUCACUACGCUCUGCUCCGGUUCCUCUGCUCUUUCCUGCGCCGGGUCACCAACUUCCACAGCGCUGUCCAUAUGUCAGCCGACACACUGGGCAUCAUAUUCGCCCCCAAUGUGUUUCGUCUCUCCGCAAGGGAAGGGGGCGCCCCCUGUCUGGAGCAACAGGCCGCCAUCAACCGAAUACUGGCCCAGCUCAUACACAACUACGACAGAAUCUUUAACGACCUCGGACAGCGUCAUAGGCCGGGCUCCAGCGAACCCCCCAGCAGCGGCCGAGAGCGGGGUGACGAGAGCGACGCCAGCGCCCCUAGCGGAGACAUCCAAAAGUGAGUACCGAACCGCCUCGAGGCGU